AUGGCGCCGCGGCAGGUGCCUGGCCCCGCCCCCGUUGCCAUGGCGCCGCGGCAAGUAAAGCAGAUCAUGGAAGAAGCUGUCACACGGAAGUUUGUACAUGAGGACAGCAGUCACAUCAUCGCCCUGUGCGGUGUGGUGGAGCUGUGUCUGCUGCACAUGCUGAAGCGCCGCACUGCCGGCUUCCUGCGCACCGACAAGGUGGCUGCGCUCUUCACCAAGGUGGGCAAGACCUGUGCAGCAGCUGGAGACAUCUGCAAGAAAGUGCAGGAGCUGCAGCAGCAGGUGGAAAGCAGGAAAAAUCAGGCAAAUGGGCAGGAGCCUCUCAAGAGGCAGGGAUCAACUACAAGCAAAUCUCCUGUCCUGACACCUCAGGCCAUCAAGCACAUUUGGGUUCGGACGGCGCUGAUUGAGAAGGUGCUGGACAAGAUUGUGCAGUACAUUGUUGAUAACUGCAGUAAAUACUAUGAAAAAGAAGCUUUACUGGCAGAUGCUGUUUGUGGCCCAAUACUGGCUUCUCUCCUCGUUGGGCCGUGUGCUCUGGAGUACACCAAGCUGAAGACAGCUGACCACUACUGGACAGACCCCUCUGCAGACGAGCUGCUCCAGCGGCACCGGAUCCACGGAGCUCACGGCCGCCAGGACUCGCCUGCCAAGCGCCCGGCGCUGGGAAUCCGCAAGCGCCAUUCCAGUGGGAGCGCGUCCGAAGAUCGGUUUGCUGCUUCAGCCAGAGAGUACGUGGAGUCUCUGCACCAGAACUCCCGGACACACCUUCUCUAUGGGAAGAACAACGUCUUGGUCCAGCCGAAGGAUGACUUGGAGGCAAUUCCUGGGUAUCUCUCCCUUCAUCAGUCAGCAGAAAGUCUGACAUUAAAGUGGACUCCAAAUCAGCUGAUGAAUGGAACGCUUGGAGAUUCAGAGCUGGAGAAAAGUGUUUACUGGGACUAUGCCCUGAUAGUGCCUCUCAGCCAGAUCGUCUGCAUUCACUGCCAUCAGCAACCAGAAGGCAGAUGGACGUUGGUCUUGGUGAGUCAGGAUGGAACUCAGAGACCUCCUCUGCACUUCCCCCAAGGAGGUCACCUCCUUGCGUUCCUUUCCUGUCUGGAAAAUGGUCUUCUGCCUCGUGGUCAGCUGGAACCACCGCUCUGGUCCCAACAGGGCAAGGGGAAGGUAUUCCCAAAGCUCCGAAAACGGAACAGCAACAGGUCGGUGGACCUGGAGGAGAUGCCAGCUGAAGACACUUCUACAGACUAUGUGUUCAGAAUUAUCUAUCCAGGACACAAGCAUGAUAACAUAACUAUUAACUACCACCACUUAGCUGCCAGCCGCUCUGCCUCUGUUGACGAUGACGAGGAGGAGGAAGAUAAGCUGCACGCAAUGCUAUCAAUGAUCUGCUCUCGGAACCUCACAGCUCCUAAUAGGAUGAAAGACACCAGCGACAUGAUGGAGAUGCAAAGCUUUGGGGCAAACCUGCUCUCCUGGCAGCUGGAGCACUGCAGCCAAGGCUCCUCCUGCCUCUCCUGCUCCACGGGCAGCUCUCCCUAUGACAUCCCCAGCUGCUGCAGCUGCAUCCACGACAGAACUCCCUUGAAGAUGCUGUGUGAAAGCAUGAAGAGACAAAUAGUUUCCAGAGCCUUUUAUGGAUGGCUCGCCUACUGCCGCCACUUGUCCACCGUGCGGACCCACCUCUCAGCCCUGGUCAAUCACACCAUCAUCCCCCCCGACAGGCCCAGCAGCACCUCAGGGGGGCUGACCAAAGAGGUCUGGAGCAAGUAUCAGAAGGACAAGAAGAAUUACAAGGAACUGGAAUUACUGAGGAGAGUUUACUACGGUGGGGUGCAGCACGAGAUCCGGAAGGAAGUGUGGCCGUUCCUGUUGGGUCACUACAAAUUCGGGAUGGCCAAGAAGGAAAUGGAGCAGGUGGAUGAAGACAUCGCCCUCCGGUACCAGAAGGUCAUGGCUGAGUGGAAAGCCUGCGAGGUCAUCGUGAAGCAGAGGGAGAAGGAAUCCCAUCCCAUCACACUGGCCAAGUUCUCCUCGGGCAGCAGCAUCGACAGCCACGUCCAGCGGCUGAUCCACAGGGACUCCACCAUCAGCAACGAUGUCUUUCUCUCCGUGGAUGAGCCGGACUCGGAGCAGGAUUCCCGCGGCCAGGAGGACCCCGCGGUCACCCUGCUGCCCCCGGCCCCGCCGGAGCAGCCGCCCCUGGAGUUCGACUCCCCCGACUCGGGGCUGCCCUCCUCCCGGAACUACUCGGUGGCCUCGGGCAUCCUGUCCAGCAUCGAGGACGGGCCUAGCGGCUCCUUCGAAGAGGGGACUGAAGACCCCGAGGUGGGCAGGGCCGAGCCCGACACGCCCCGGGUGCAGCCCCGGGCAGCGCCGGGCGCGGAGCCGCAGGAGCCGCAGGAGCAGCAGGAGCCGCAUUCCCAGCGGGAUCAUCCCACGGACGCUGCUUCUGUCUGCGCUGCCUCCUACACGAUAGAGUUACUGGACACUGUGGCCUUAAAUUUGCACAGAAUUGACAAAGAUGUCCAGAGAUGUGACCGGAAUUACUGGUAUUUUACUGCUGAUAACCUGGAGAAGCUCCGAAACGUCAUGUGCAGUUAUGUUUGGGAGCACCUAGAAGAUGGUUAUGUUCAAGGCAUGUGUGACCUCCUGGCUCCUCUGAUGGUUAUACUGGACAACGACCAGCUGGCUUACAGCUGCUUCAGCCACCUGAUGAAGAGGAUGAGCCAGAACUUCCCCAAUGGAGGUGCUAUGGACACACACUUUGCCAACAUGAGGUCCCUGAUCCAGAUUCUAGACUCAGAGCUUUUUGAAUUGAUGCACCAGAAUGGAGAUUACACUCACUUUUACUUCUGCUACCGCUGGUUCCUGCUCGACUUUAAAAGAGAAUUGUUGUACGAGGAUGUAUUUACAGUGUGGGAAGUUAUUUGGGCAGCAAAGCACAUCUCUUCAGAACAUUUUGUCCUUUUCAUUGCCUUAGCACUUGUGGAAGUUUAUCGAGAGAUUAUCCGUGAUAACAACAUGGACUUCACUGAUAUCAUCAAGUUUUUUAAUGAAAUGGCAGAGCAUCAUAAUGCUGAGGAAAUUCUGAGGAUAGCAAGAGACCUUGUCUACAAAGUGCAGACAUUGAUUGAAAACAAGUGA